AUGUACAAAUUUUCACACGAUGUCUCUUUCUCCCAGGAAAUAAACUACGACUCUCCCCGUGGUGGCGUAUCCGUGAUCACGGAAAAGGGGGAAACCACCACAUCACAUUUGCUGGUGCAGAGGGCCAAAGCACCGGACUCAGGCCGGUAUACUUGUGCACCGGCCAAUGCUAACCCAAGAUCUGUACUCGUCCAUGUGCUGAGCGGUGAGCACCCAGCAGCAAUGCAACACGGAGGUCAACUGCGCCUCCAGUAUCCACUUUCCGCAGCACUUCUAAGUGUUAUCGUUACACUCACGGGCUGCUAG